AUGUUUGCCGCCUCUUCAGAGGAACGUUCCCGUGAUCAGACCUGUGGCAGAGUUCUUAACCGCUCUGGACACAAGGUUAACAAGAAGGCCAAGCCCCCUGAAGUGUCUUUACCGCCUCUCUGUCCAAAGCCACCUGCUCUCUCGCCGUUCGGCCGCACACCUGUCCUCCACGAUGUCUCCUCUGACAGACAGAGUUCAUCAGUGGUGGGACUUCCUCAUCUCAUCUCACACGCUGGACCCAGGAGAGCCAGAGGGGACACAGAAUGGACGGAGAAACCUCGACUAAAGGCUUCAGCACGAGGGACGGAAAUACCCUUUAGAAGCUCUGCUGAGGUGGCGCCACAAAGACCCUAUCACCUACACGUGGUUGAUUCCAGUGAAGCCGGCGCCGAGCACUACAUCUUCUCUCCUCAUUCCGUCCUUCACGUGACAGAGACGGGUUAUGGUGGACUCGUCUCUUUGACUGAGUGGCACAGAGAGGCUGUUUUGUGGACGGCGUUGCAGAAAAUGCCCUUUUUCAAGGACUUCAGACGGAGGAAAGCUUUCACCCGGUGGCACAGAAACGUGCGCAAGGUGUUGUUUCAGCGCCGCCGCGAGUCUCUGCAGGACACGCUGCUGAUCGCUGUGCCUCAGUUCAGACGCUCACUUCAUGUGUUCACAAGACUCAUUGAAGAUCUGAAGGAGACUCAGUGGCUGCCUCAGGAGGAAGCGCAAACCUACACAUUGGUGGAAUUCAAGAAUGCACUGACAACCAAGAGUCAAGAGUGUCUGCACAUUCUGGAAAAGUUGUCAAAAUAUCGCACGGUCAUCCUAAAUGGGGUGAAGCAGAUCUGCUACAAGGAACACCAGGAGCUGCAGCAGCACGUGGAAUGCGCUAAAAAGCCAAAUAAACGCCAUGAGCCCAUUCACGUCCACCUGGCUCACCAGCAGGAGCUGAAGAGGCAGCUGGCUCGCUCUGAACGCGUCCUGCACAAGCUGGGGAACUUUGGUUCUCUCGUCAAUCGCAUGAUUGUGCAAAGUGUGGCCACCGUCGUCAGUCGGGACGUCUGCUGUUUUCUCAGCAACGUUCUAAAGAGGAAGAAAUCACAGCAGUGCAGUCUGUUCCACACCGAGCUGUGUCUCAGUGCUGGGAGUCUGACUGUGGAUCCACCAGUGUAUCUGUUCAGAGAAACACUGAGUGAAGCUCUCCUGACUGUUGGCGACUCCAUUAUUCAGAUGUGUGAGAGUUGUGGAUUCUUCUUGGAGAUCAGCAGCAACACAAUGAGCUGUGAUUUUGCUCAAGAUAUGAUGUCUGGUCUCAGUUGUGUUGAACUUCCAAUUAUACCAGGGCAGAGUAAGAGCAAAGGUGGAUCAUGUGUUUGUGGAAAGUUUUGCUGCUGGCAGAUGCUCAGAGACCUGUCAGCUCAGUGGCUGCUGCUGCUGCCAAAGCGAAGCCUGCUAAUGACGCAGGGCAACAUGGUGCACGGCUGCUACUCUCCUCUCUCUAAGACACAGCUGGAGUGGCAGAUCCGCAGCAGUGACCGUUCAGGGCACGUUGAGAGAGAGCAGGUCAAGAUCAUGAAGGAAGUUGAAGUAGAAAUCCAGCAGCUGUGUGACGACUACACGUGGUUGCUGGACAUUCAGUUGUUUCUAAGUGAAUGGAGACCAGCCUCGUUGAAGGGUCACUCUGCUUUACAGUAUGAGGAGCACAUUAAGAGGAUUCGUAACUGGGCUGAAAGAAUCAACUCCCUUCCCUCAUCAGUCUCUACUUCCAACCAACUGUUCAUGAUUCACUGCACCCACACAAAGGAAACUCUCGGGCAACAGCUGAGCUUCAUUGAAAAGGACACCCUCAAGCAGCUUGUGGAACAAACUGAGCUUCAUUCAACGAGUCUCAUAUCAGACCUGGAAAAGACUGCAGCUGAACUCGAAACUGAUCCAAAAGACUUAUUUGACCUCCCCACUUAUGCUUCUCAGGUAAGGGAGUCACUGGCAACACUGACAGACAGGCAGAGACGGUUGGAGCACAUUCGCUCCCUGAAGCUCAUUAUUUCCACUAACUAUAGACAAAUGAAUGAGCAGGAGCUGAAUAUGGAACAAAAGAUGCUUGGCUUGUGGGAUUGCUUCAUACCCUUCUUGAAGGAAGCAGACGGCAUCGUACGCCAAAGUCUGCCUUCGGCGACCAACGCGGUGGACAAAAUGGUCUCAUUUAUGGUCCGUGACCUCAAACAUGUCGUCUCUACAGCGACAUCCGGAGCCUUCCUUGAGCCAGCCCAGAACGCCAAAGAGAUGGUCUCCAAACUGAACACGAUGUGCCGACACGUGCACACACUAUAUGCAAAGCUGGAGCAACUUAAUACAAACAGGAUAAACCUACAAGAAUGCGCGGUGGAUGCGACUCAUUUAACUGCAGAUAUUCAGAAAGUCACAGCCAGAAAAGAGUUGUGGGAGCUAAUGGUCAUGUGCACAACAUGGAUGGAAGAAUGGAAACAGCAGCUUUUCUGUGAGGUUGUGGUGUCAGACGCUCAGGAGAAAAUCGCUAAGUGGCGGGAGCAAGCUCUGGCUUUAACUAGCAUAAUACCUACCCAUGAUGCAGUGCUGCAGGAGGCUGUAGGAAAACUGAAAAGCCUGAGCCAUCAGCUUGCAGUUAUGUCCAAGCUCCAGAGCCCCAUGCUCAGACAUAAACACUGGAGAGCGAUUUUUGAAGAGAGUAAGCUGGAACAGACCUUUAAAAAGCUUAAACACAAAUGGGAAACCAGACUCUUUGAGCUGGUCAAAUCCACACACCCUCUUUGGCAGCCUCUCAAGCUGCAGCCUGAAUUGGCUGAUGCAGUGAAGCCCACAGAGCCCACAGAGCCCACAGAUUCAAAACUCCAAAGUGCCUGUCAACACUCCGUUAAUGAUGCAAGAUUCACCAUCACCGGUCUGCAGACACACUUUGCCGAGUUGGAGGAUGAUCUGAUGACUCUGGCGUCAAUGUUGAAGUCUCCUCGCUGCCCAGAGUUCAGACAGCAGAUGGAAGAGUGGGUGCAUUCACUGCAGGAUCUCGAGAAGCUGCUUGACUUAUUUGAACGAUACCAGCAAACAUGGAGCUUCCUGUCAAAGACGUUGAAUGAAACGUUCUUUACUGUUCAAAGAUCGGACCUGCUGGAGCAGUUCAAACCAGCUGAUGGGACAUUUCAGGAAAUUAUGCAAAAGAUAUCAGGCAACCCACACGUGUUGAACUUUGUGAGUUCCACAAAAACUACUACUACUCUUUGUCAGAAACUCAGUGAUGGCUUGUCUACAAUGGAAGCAAUUUCCAACCAGAUGGUGGACGUCCUGGAUGUCCUGCGCGAACAGUUUCCAAGACUCUGGUUCUUGAGCGACAGGGAAGUGAUUCAACUUCUCUCUUGUCACCCGGAGCCUUCAACACUGCAACCCUUUGUACGCAAAUGCUUUAAAGGGGUACACAGUCUAGAAGUGGGCAUUGAAAUUCAGAGUAAUACAAGACAGGUAAACACCAGUGAAGCCACAACUGGAGACCAAAGGCCGAUGAAGGUGCUCGGGGUUUUCGCCAGCCUCCGGGAACACAUCACUUUUCUGUCUCCUGUAGAACAAAAUCAAAAUGCCUUGGUUUGGCUGAGUAAAUUUGAGAAGCAACUAAAGUUAACCAUGGCGCAUCUUGUGAAUCAAUAUGCUGUUGUGUCAAAUCAGCUUCAACCAACUAGUCAGGAUUUGCCACGUGAUGUGAAAAUUGGAGACAACAUUGAUGGUAACACAAAACAUAUUGAACUCGUGCUGGAUCUACUGACCCAAUACCCACUCCAGUGUGUGCUGGUGGCUGAAGAGGCAGUGUGGUGCAGUGUUGUUCAAGGGGCUUUUCAAGAACCAAGUCCAGUUAAGAUGAACAUCUUAAAGGCGUGUAACUCUGAAAAACUGAAAAACCUUUGUCGAUACAUUAAGGAGAGCCUGGCACAAAGUGAAUCUCUGAUUUCUACAUAUAUGAUAGUGUGUCUCGGUGCCUUGGUGCAGCUGACGAUGAAUCAUGGUCAACAGCUCUCUCAACUCAUGGAUAUACGGUGUGACCUGGUGUCAUCUUUCGAGUGGCUGAGUUCGAUGAAGUAUUAUAUAAGUUCAAAAGCUCAGAGUCAGAAAGGCGAUGAUAAAUCAGGAUGUUAUGUGGAUGUUUUUGGUCAUCACUUCCAGUAUGGCUAUGAAUACAGUGGUCCUGAAGACUGGGUGAUGGUGCAAACUCCUGCUACAGAUAGAGCAAAACUGGGGAUCCUUCUUGCUCUGAAAAGCCACAGAUGUGGCUUUGUGAGUGGUCCUUGCAUGUCAGGAAAGACAAAGACUGUGGUCCAGUUGGGAAAAGCACUGGGGCGACAGGUUGUCAUUGUGCAAUGUUCCCCAAGCAUGAGACCAGGCGUUAUCCAGCGGAUGCUGUUUGGCGCCCUACAGACCGGAGCAUGGCUUCUGCUGGACUCUGUAGACUUACUAACACAAGGGUCCCUGUCCUUACUAGGGCAGCAUCUAUUAGACAUUCACCAGUCUUUCUGUACAUUGACUGGACACAGGAAUAAAAGCAUGACUGUUGAUGAAGUCAUAGCUAACACAAAUAUUGAUCUUGCAGGAAAAAGUAUUUCUGUAAAUCCCAACUAUGGGUGUGUUCUUGUCUCCUCAAGGGGAUACACGUCUGAUCUCCCAGAGAGUCUGCGAUUUGCAACAAGACCAGUUGCAUUAACCCAUCCAGAUUACAGGAUCAUUGCAGAAGUAAUGCUGACUUCCAUUGGCUUCUCAGACGCCAUGUCUUUGAGUCUUCGUCUGGUUUCUCUCAUCAGCCUAUCAAAGGAUUCCCUCUUUCUGCCUGAUUUCAUCACUAAAUACCAGAGCUGUUAUCUUGUUGUUUUGCAGAAGAUAGUCUCUACCUCUGAAUUAUACUUCAAACAAAGCUUAAGGCAACAGGAAACUUUAAAUGAGGGUAAAAGAUCCGCUACAGAAAAAAAUGAUCUCAUGUCCUCUCAAAAUGUGACUGUGGAGCCUGAGAAAGGUCAUCACAAAUCUGAAUUGCCUUCCAGAUUGCACAGUUCAAACAUCAACAUCAAACAGAGCUUAAUGGAGGAAACAGCUCUUGUCAAAGCAAUCCUUUUUGUCCUAUUACCCGUCCUUUAUGACCACAACAAGGCAUCGCAGUUCUACAUGAUUUUCAAGGAUUCGUUUCCCAUUGCAUCCCAGAUUUCUUUUUCCCAACAUAACUUUGAGGAAGAACAAAGGGACCAGCUUAAAGAUGCAGUAACAGGAGAAUUACAAAGGAAAGGAUUCCACCCUGAUUCAGAAACCAUUUGCAACACACUUACACUUUAUCAGACAAUGAAAUAUUCUCAGGCGGUUCUGCUUGUAGGCCCCUCAGGUAGUGGAAAGACGACCUGCUAUCGCUCUCUAGCUGGAGCACUCAAUAGUUUGGCUGCUAAGGAAGCGGAAUACAUGUUUGAAGGAGAUCCUCCACGAGUGGAUCUGCAGGUCUGUUCUUCAAACUGGAACUCAGUUGACACUGUGGUUUUAUUUCCUAAUGCCAUGUCCCAUAAUGAGGUAUUUGGCUUCUUCUGUGGUAAAAGAGGAUGGCAAGAUGGAGCAGUUCCAAAAGUGCUGAGAUAUUCAGAGCGAUUGGAGCAUGCAAGUUCUAAUGUGUGUAACACUGAGAGGAAAAGUCCUCAUAAACCAGCAGUGAAAUGGCUGGUAAUGGAUGGGGAGCCUGUGGGGAAACCUGGAUGGUUAGAUUACUUAACCACAUUGUGCAAUUCCGAGGAUCCAUUUCUGUUCUUGCCAUCUGGUGAAAAACUUGCACCAUCCCAAAAGUACCUAAAGGUACUUAUGGAGAUCACGGACCUAAGUGACGCAAGUCCGUCUGCAGUGACCCGCUGUAGCCUUGUUCAUUUUACAGGAACCGAUAUGUGGAAGGCUGUUUGGAAGAAAGAAUUUGAUGCUCUUUCCUGUGAUUACAGCCUUGAUCAAGGAACCACGAAAAUGUGGAAUCAUCUAGCCAAGGAUCUUUUCUCCAGCACUCUUAGUUUGCUGCGAGAAAAUGCUUUAACCUCGGUAAUCCAUCGCAAAGGACAGUGUUUUACAAGCCCCAUGUAUGGACUUUUAGAAAUGAUGUCAUUUGUGCGAAUCCUAUAUGCCCUCCUACAUCACUUUGGGAAUGAAGCAGAAAAUGCUGAGGCAACACAAAGAGAAAAAAGAGAUGUUUCGCUACAUGGAACUAGAAUACCAGGUAUAGAUAGCAAGCUGCUCACCAGAAACAUUUUUCUGUUGGCUUAUGUUUGGGGAUUUGGUGGACACCUUCAUCCAUGUGACUGGCCACAGUUUGACUUGCUAGUUCGCCAAGUGCUCUUUUCUUGCCGCUACAAAAUCAUGGUUCCAGAUGAAGAGAGUGUGUUUGAACACUUUUUCAGCAUCGACAGUAAGAUGUUCCCCAACAGCACACUUUCAACAAUUUCCAUCACUCCCAAGUAUGGGAACUACACCUAUCUCCUGAACCUCAUGUUGGAGGCAAAUCAGCCAGUGUUGCUUGCAGGAGAACCUUGCUCUGGAAAAACCACCCUGUGCCGGUCUUUGCUAAGUUUUGACAAACCACACAUUAGCCUACCAGCCAGUCCACUUCUGAGCUCCAGAGACCUGCGCAUUAUACUGAGUAAUAUCAGCAGCCAGAAGGGCUGUAAAGACACUGUAGGCUCUGUGACCAAACGGCCAAGGCUGCUUCUGUUUGUGGAUGAUUUGCAUGAAGCCCCCUGUGAUGCCUUUGAAAUGACAUCAACUGCCCUGGAAUCACUACGGCAGAGUAUUUCAAUGGGAGCGAUGCUAACAUUUGAUAACGACCAUUUCGCAUUACUGGAUUCUGGACACAUCAGUUACAUGGCUACCUGUUGCGUCUCUGGAUUGGGCAAUCAUCACAGUAACGUGGUAUCAACCCGACUUUCACACCUGUUCUCCAUCUUUGUACUGCCAGUCCGAUCUAUGGACGUUAUUUUGUCCAUCAAUUCCUCGAGACUCCAAGUCUGGCUCAAGCAAAUGCCACUUCAACAGAAUGGUGAGGAUAUGGCACGUUGUAUCAUCACUGCGACUGGAACUUUGUAUCACACUGUAUGUGACCAGUUCCAACCCACUGUGCAGAGGCCCUGUUUCAAGUUCUCACACCAUGACAUUCAGAAGGUGCUGCAGGGGAUGUACUUGUGGGAGCCUGUCAUUCAGACCACAGGGACAUUGCAGGCAGAGGACUAUGCACGAAUUGGGUUCCCUCAAGUCUUACCAGAGUCUACAGCGUCCUAUCUUAACAUAGCACAUCUCUGGAUGCAUGAGUGCAUGCGUACCUUUGGCGAUAGGUUGUGCUCAGAGGAUGAAAGCGCAUCACUUGUGUCACUCAUAGCCAGGGUUGCAACAACAAACUUUGGAUUUAAAUUGGUUGGUGAGCGUCACCCUGACAGUACAGAUAUUCCACCCGCUGACACAGACCUUGCUAUUCAUAGCUUACCCACAGACACAGCAGACUCCUGUAAACAAACACAUCACAGUCCAGGCACACUGCCAUCAGGGCUGAAAUCAGCCGGCCAGUCAGAAAUAAAGAAAGACUUUACGAUGGUUGAACCAUCCUUGUCUCAAGCCCAUUCUUCAGAAGACUCAAAUCUACAGCCCCAGAUUCUUCAGUAUAUGAUGAGCACAAUGGCUACACUUGUCUAUGGACCUGAGUUUCCUAAAGCUUUGGAUCCAAUUGAUCAACAAACCAACUUCAAAUUGAACUCUUAUUACAAAGAGCAAAACCUUGAUGCAGUCCUGCAAAAACUGUCUCUUCUCAUGGACAGAAAUGAGGACGGCAAAGGACGUGACGUUGCAAACUACAACAAAAUCACAUCCCGAUUCAUCAUGCACAGAGAAAGAGUCAGCCAGCUGUUACACAUACUCAGGGUUCUGCUCAUACCAGGAGGUCAUGGCGUACUACUUAGCUCACAGAGAGGCACAGGUCGUAAAACCACCGUGCGUUUAGCCGCCUACCUUUCAGGCUACGAGGUGAUGGAGGUACAUGCAGGCAAUGAGAAUAAUUUGCAUGAAAUGCUGAAAAAGGCUGGGAAUCACACGAGAGUGGAGGGAGGUAAUGUCAUCAUACUGGUCCAUGAGGAAGUCAGUGAAUCUGUCAGAGAGGAACUACUGGUGUCAAUGGCCCACAGGAUCUACCCAGCACUCCACACAGAGGAGGAGCUCAAUGACCUUGUUUCCAGAGCAACGACUGCGAAAACAUCCUCAAAAAAAUACCAAAUGGACAAUUGGAUGCUUGAUAAGUUCUUGAGCCAAGUCCACAGAAAUGUCCAUGUGUUCCUUCUGAUGUCCUCCACCACCUCAGAAGCUGGUGAUGGAACCCAAGUUAUGAAUAGACAACUGACUAAAGCCCUGAGACUCUGCUGCUGUGUCGAGGUGUACAGGCCGUGGUCCAGCCGCUCUUUGAUGGAAGUUGCUGUUCAAUGCCUUAAAACCAGUCACCAAAUAAUAUGGAAGGCAGAAGCCUUAGUGGCCGGUGUGUCUGCGGCGAUGGCAGGAAUCCACCGGUCUGCAUGUCAGUAUGCGUCUGUCCUUCUGAAAGCCCAGAACUUUAGCCCUCAAGUAUACAUGGAGUUCAUUGCCCACUUUGAUUUCCUCUGCAACCACAUGCACAUACACUGUCAGGGCAAAGCCAACAGGAUUACCUCUGUUUUGUCUGUGUUGAACAUUUUGAACGAUGCAGCUCUUCAGAACCGACGACGUGUAGAAAGACUGAAGGAGACGGUUGCCGAGAAACAGCAGUGUGAGAACGUGCUACUCAGAGAAUUAGACGAGCAGAAAAUCAUACUUGAGGAAGCACAGAAGAAAUGUGCGAUGGAGGAGAAGAACUUGCAUGACCUGGAAGAGGAGAUUAGACGCAUUCAGAAACAGGUGAGGCCUGUCUUCUUGUCCGGCCUCUAUAUUCUGAAGUGUCUGAAUCCGUCCGACUUGGAGGAGAUACGCCGCUACAGAGAUCCACCUGAUGGAGUGGUGACAGUCAUGGAUGCCAUUUGUUUGCUGUUUGAUCGUCCACCGGGCUGGGAGAACGCUAAACAGCUUCUUGGACAGUCUAACUUUUUUCAAGAGCUGGAAUUCUUUGACCGGUUCACUCUGACUAAUGAGCAGCUCCAGCAGCUCGGCCUGAUCGUGCACAGUCCCCACUUUGUCCCCGAGUGCGUGCGAGACGUGAGCAAGGCCUGCGAGUCCCUGUGCCGCUGGGUCCAGACCGUGUACGAAUGCUGCCGCGUGCAACACCGACUGUUGGUCAAGCACCGGCUGGAGGGGCUGGACAGAGAGGUGCGAGGUCGGCUGUACUUGGCCAAGCAGAGCGAGGAGGACGCGCAACGUUGCCUGGAGGAGUUUAAACUUCGGCUUCGGUUUGUACGAGAAGAUUUAGACGAGCUGCUGCUGGAGCUGCACAAAGCUGAGGACAUGGAGAGAGAAGCGACUUCCACUGCUGAGCAGUUAGAGGCUCAUGUCAGAGACUGGAAGGCUGCUGCUCAGGAGGCAGAGUUUCACAGCCAAAACCUACCAGGAGACGCUCUUAUCCUGGCUGCAAUUAUAGCCUAUUUAGGCCCUUUUGCACAUAACAUCCGCACAGAGCUACUGAGCAAAUGGACAGAGCUGUGUCAGACAGGAAGCAUCAACAUGAAUCCAGAAGACUCCAGAACCUCCCUGUUUACACGGCCAGACCCUGCAUCUCCUCUCCCCCCGCUCGGUUUCCCCAUCCCUGUGUCUGAGAGACUGCCGCUCCGUCUGGGUCCAGUACUGGGUUUGAAAGACUGGCAGCUCCACAACACUGUGUCUGUCAAACUCGUGGUUCAGCUGCUGCUGUGGGGCUGCAGAAAUAUCCCAGCUCAGCGCUGGCCUCUACUGGCAGACGCACGGCAACAUCAAGAGAUAAGGUCCCAGAGCUGGCUCAUCACAGGUGACAGCGUUGAUCUUGGUUCAGAUUAUGGGAUGACAGUUUGUGCCGACGAUCCAGAUCUCCUGGAUAAACUGGACGAGGCAGCUCAAAAAGGUUUGAGAGUCCUGGUAACUCACGUGGAACGUGCAACCCCCAGCUGUCAGUUUCUGGCCACACUGGCUCCCCCUGCUGGCUGUGGCCUUAAUGGGUUAAAGCAGCACGUUCAGACAACCCACCCUGAAUUUCGGCUCAUACUGAGCACAGAUUUGCCGGUUCGAUUGCUUCACAGUGUGAUCCAUCCAGCCGUCUUGGCUCGGGCACGCGUGGUUGACCUCUCUGCGAGCGCAGAAGACAUCCAGGAGCUGAUGCUGACGCAGCUGCUGCAAUCUGAGUGUAAAGAGCUGCUGAUUAAACACACACGGCUGCAGAAUGACAAGCAUGUGCUGCAGGAGGAGCUGGUCAGAGAACAGGAGGCUCUGAUGGACUACGUCCUGCGGUCAAACCCCUCACUGCACCAGCUGAGUGACCUUCGCUCCCAUGUGGACGUCUUUCAAGAGGCCAUAACAAAGCUGCAGUUUGAGAUCCAGCAGGUGAGUGAGGAGCUGCAGUACCACGAGGCUCUCGUGGCCGACCUCCGACACUUGGCGACGCUGGCCGCUGCGCUGUACCAGGCUCUCCAGGACGUGUCCCGUCUGUCUCCUGCGUACCACUUCUCUUUAAGUGGCUUCCUCAAAGUGCUACGAGAUGCCUUCAUUGUGAAGGGAAGGCCAUUGGUGUCGUAUAUCACUCGAAAAGUGCCAGCGGGAAUAGUACCAGAGGUCACCAACAACAUGGUCUCCCAACUGCUCGUCCAGUACAAGCCUCGUGUCUUCGAGAGCCACUUCGCCGUUCUGAAACUGCUCGUGUUUGUGGCCGUGCUCCGUCACAACAAGCUCUGCUCUGAGGGGGAAAGAGUGGCCUUCAUCAGGGGCUUUCAAGACAUGGAACAGCCUGUGUUGAAAGUGAAACGUGCAGCACAGUCCACGGCUUCUCUGCCCAGCUGGAUCCCCACACACGUCCACCCAGAGCUCCUCUGGUUGGAGAAUAUCCCGGCCUUCAGAGGGCUCAUUUCCUCUCUUUCCAAGUCCCCCAUUCAGUGGCAGAUGUACCUGCGCUUCCCUUCCUCCACUGUGGUAGGGGCCGUUCCCUGUCGCUCGCACUCCCACCUGUCCCUGUUACAGCGCGCUCUCCUCUGGAAAACCCUGCUCCCACACUGCCUGGAGGAAGUAGCCGAUGUGAUCGCUUCCUGCCACCUCUGCCUGACCGCAGCGUCCGAGGCUCCUCACACCAGAAAUCCAGAGUCUCUCUCUCGAUUCCUCGCCAAACACGAGGGGCCCAUCCUUCUUACUUUGCCAAGUCCAGGAGGAGAUACCUGGACAAGCAUCCAGCCUCUUCACCUCAUAAACACACUGGCAGACUGUGGAGCAGAACAUGGAGGAAAACAGCAGGUCAAAUUUGUUUCUGUCGGUGCUCUGCGUGACAGAGAACUUGUCCUCUCAGUGCUGGAGCGGGCAGUUAGCGACGGUCACUGGUUGGUUUUUAACUGUCCUCUGGUUGAACAGUGGGACGACAAAGUCGUGGCUCAGCUCACUCAGAUAAUCUCUCCUUCAAAAGGAGAGCCAUGUCACAUUCACCCACGUUUCCGUCUGUGGUUUAUAACUCGAGAGCAUGAAAUACACCACGUACCAGCAACAGUGCGAGUGCGUGCUCUGGCCCUGGUCUGUGACUCCCCCGGAGAUCUGAAGGACGAGCUGAGCCGCUCUGUGCAGCACGUACUCUGCAUCACACGGUGUCGAUCACGCCCGCAGAGCGUGACAGCCGACAACGCAGAGUUCCUCCUCCGCUGUGCCGUCUUCCACUCUGUGUUACUGCAGAGACAGACCUGUGGACUCUUAGGCCGGCGGAGAAUCUGCAGCUGGAACCAGGACGACCUCGCGGCUUUGGUGGACGCGCACGAUUACAUCGUCAGUCUCUGUCAUGAAAAGACUAAAGCACUGCAGUAUAUAGCAGUCAGUCUGGUACACGGUGGUCAUGUGCUGGACUCGGCGGAUGUGGAGGAGGUGGAAAACAUCGCAGAGACGUGCCUCAGGAGAGAGUCUCCUCUGUGGAGCAGAGGUCGUCACGUCCUCUCAGGCAUCGUCGAAAAUUCUGGAGAGUUUGAUUCAUCAGGACUGCUGCAGAUCAUGGAGCUCGGCCUCCAGGACGACCCCCUCGUGCUGGGCUUCGGCGUGGACACGGCAGCGGAGAUGAUCAGGGUCAGAAGUCACAAUUUGAACGUGUUACUGCAGGCCUCCCAGACUCCUCCGGGAGUGAGUCGGCCUCCUGUGAUGCCGGCCCACGGCCACGCUCGAGACCGACUGCGGGCGCUGAAGACUUCCCUCACAGACAAAGACAGCAGAGUUACAGACGAGGGACGGGUUCAUCCCGGUCCUCUGCGUGACUUCCUCCAGCAGGAGUGGGAGGAUCUCACUGACAAGGUGUCCUCACUUCUGCUGCAGCUGCAACACGACACGCCAAAGCUCACGUCCCCGCUCACUCUCACUCACUUGUGCCGCCUGGAGAAGAAGGCGGAGCUGCUCGGCGCUUACGUCGGGCACGGCGGUGCUUCAGAUCCACCGGGUGCAUACAGAUUAUGUGCUUUCAAUAAUCCCAGAGGAUUUCUGGUGGCAGUCAUGAGGCAGGAGGCUCGAGAAAAACGCAAAUAUAUCAGUGACAUAAAACUACAUUUUCAGGUUCUGAAUGAUAGCUCACAUCCAGCCUCACCUCGUCUGGACGCCGUGUAUCUGUGUGGGCUGGAGCUCAGAGGGGCAUCAUGGGAUGCUCAGCUCGGAGCCCUGCAGGACACAGUCUCUCCUCAGCCAUGCACGCUGCCUCCCGUCUGCGUCACGGCUCAAGUCAGGAGCAGAAAGACCAAAUACAGAGACACCUUCCCUUGUAAAAGUUCAUAUUUAAUGGACACGAAUAAUGUUCAGGUGUCAGAUGCUUCUCCGUCGACGGCCUCUCAGUUACCGGUCUACCUCUGCCCUGUCUUCCUCCAUGAAGAGCGGGAGACAGGAGACUGGAGGCUGGCCGAUGUGAAUAUUAUCACUCAGGUUCCCCUUCAUGCCAGGCUCAGUCCUGUGUUGUGUAGUCUGAGGAGGGUGAGGCUUGUGAGUAUGUUCUGACUCAGUCGUUCUCACAGACUCGGAGACUGAAAGCGAAAGUGUGUAGAGAAGAUUAGAGGAGAGGAGAAAAAAUCGAUAACAACAAACUGUAAAAACAUUGUAGACAUUAAAUAUCCAUGGACGACAUGUAUAAGAGAGAAUGUUAGUGUCUACAGUCUACACCUCCUCUGCAAACCCUUUUUUUUUCUUUUCCUCUGGUCAAGACGUUGUUGAGAAGAAGGGAAGUGAAACUUUUUUUUACAUCUCGUAAUGUUUGGCAUUCCCGACCCAUAGCUGUGUUGGUCAGAGUUUGCAUCCUGCAAAUGAAACUUGAAACUUUAAAUUGUCUCUGAAGUCAUAUCAAGGUCAUGUUAUGAUUUAAUAUCAUAAGAUACGAUGUUUAAGAACGAUCUGUAUGCAUUAAAUGAAGAUUCAUUUGCCAAACAUUACGGUAAAUGGUCUGUUCUGCUUUCAUAACCAUUCACAUGCUGUCGGCACAGCUGUCAGGGGUUAAGUGUCUCGCCCAAGGACACACGGGCAUGUAGAGUAGUAGAGCCGGGAAUCAAACCCCCAGACUUCAAGUUGAAAGACGCUGUCGCCGUAGCCCCACAUCAUAUUUACUCUAUUCAAAAUAUAAAGUUUUACCAAAAAAAAAAGGCAGCAUAAUAGUCAGAUAAUUGUAUUUCCUCUUGACACAAUUCAUUUUGUACAUUUUGGGUCCUGAUAGUUUGUCAUCUUUAAAAAAAUGUAGCCUCACUUCACUGGAAACCUUCUAAACAGACAUCAAUGUUGUGUGUGAUUGUAUGCAAAUGUGUGAAUGUUGAAUAAAUGUGCAGUUGCGGUUUACGUCCUGUUUAAUUACGCGUAUACACGAAAUGUCGCGUCGGCAGUUGGGUUUCGUCACAUUUUAUUUCGCUGUCAACUGAAUUUGACACAAAGUGGACGUCAUCUCCUGAACGACACCAACGCACAAACAAAAAUAUACUAACUCAGGCUGUGGACGUUCAAUACAAUACAUAUUUAUUUCCAUGAAGGAU